ACGCUCGGAAAUACCACCCACCUCAUCGACACCCAUCCCUCCCUUCUUGAUCUCAUCACUAUCUUACAAAUCCCGCAGUUAGUAUCACCGGACAAACAACUUCCCAAUUCGGAUCACCGAAUCCGCUCUAUCAAGAUUCGUCCAGAUUGCUUUCCACAACAUGCGUCUUCUUUUCUGUGGCACUACGCUCAAAGGCUCCGACCUAUAGAUAAUUAAUUACCCCUAACUAUCACACUACACUCGCGGGAGCUUCGCGUCGAAACCCCCCCCGUGAAACCACCUUGUCAACUUUCAUCAUGCAUUUCUUCAAUCCAUCUCACCGAUGCUCAGCACACCAUUCUAUUCGGUCACUAUACAAAAAUACCAUCCACGACAAUCCUUCAAGCUCCGACCCAUUCAUGUCUAUCUGUUCCUGAUCCCAGUGCGUAGACAGGCAGACCUGGCAACAGCACACCGCCUAUCCCUCGUCCAAUCACCUUGAUCAGCGCCACACUCACGCUUUCCCCUCGUCAUCCCCUCCGUCUCCUUGACUUGGACGCGAUCAUCACGAAUCAAAUCCAAGUCGACUAAACGCCCAGCGUGUUCCGUUGCCCCCCUCUCGACGACCUCGGAAAGAUGUUCAGUCGUUGAUCUUCAGUCAUCCAGCACAGAGUUUGAAAGGAGGUUUCGGCCCUAUAAAAAUACCAGUCAUCGGGACUGAAUGGCGCGCCUCCGCAAGCGAGUGCACGACGUCCAAGUCUUCCAAACACCAAGACAAUCAUAUGGGGAGAGAAAACGGAAACGGAAUGGGGAC